GAACUACAAGGAAGCAGUAAGCUGUGCCAGGCCGGCUCAGCGGUUCAUAGUGGAGUUAACCGUUGGUGAGGAGUCCUACUGCGAGCGCCAGGUCUCCGAAGUAGCAAGGCACUUUCAGUUUUGGCCACUACUGCGCUGCUGGUUCUACUCGCUGAAGUUUGAAGUCGGGUCAUCUACGGGCGCGGGCCUUGCCAAUCCAGUGCAAUGGAGAGCGGCGGGAACGCGUCCGGGUCCGUGCGCGGAGCCGGUCGAGAAAAGAAGAAAGGCAAGAAUGCUGACGAGCCUUCGGUGGCUGCGGUAGCAGGAGAGCCAGGUGGAAGCGGCGGCGGCGGGAAACCGCGGAAAUUCAACUUGAAGCGUGUAAUGGCAGAUGAGCUUGAGAGAUUCACCAGUAUGAGGAUAAAGAAGGAGAAAGAAAAACCCAAUACAACAUAUAGGAAUUCAUCUACUUCAUGCUCAGAUAUUUCAGGGUCAGGUCAGACAUUGCAGGAUAUCUCUGAUGAAGAUGUGCUGGUUCUCUUUGAGCAGAUGCUGGUGGAUAUGAAUCUAAAUGAGGAAAAGCAGCAGCCUCUAAGGGAGAAAGACAUUAGCAUCAAAAGAGAAAUGGUGUCUCAGUACCUGCAUACUUCCAAAGCUGGCAUGAGUCAAAAGGAGAGCUCGAAAUCUCCUAUUAUGUAUAUUCAGGAACUAAAAUCUGGUGUUAAAGAUGCACAGCUCCUUGGAUGUUUGGAGUCUCUACGUGUGUCACUCAAUAACAAUCCUGUCAGCUGGGUGCAAAAUUUUGGAGCUGAAGGUCUGAAUUGCUUGCUGGACAUAUUGAAAGGACUUCAUGAUGAAAAGGACGAGUUUUCUGGGUCAUAUGACUUCAGGAUUGAACAUGAAAUUAUUAGAUGCUUAAAAGCUUUUAUGAACAACAAAUUUGGAAUUAAGACAAUGCUUGAAACAGAUGAUGGGAUUCUACUUUUGGCAAAAGCAGUGGAUCCUAAAGUCCCUACAAUGAUGAUUGACGCUAUCAAGCUACUCUCUGCUCUCUGCAUUUUGCCUCAGCCUGUGGAUAUGCACGAGCAAGUUUUGGGAGCAUUAACUGAACGUGCAGAAAUGGAUGAAGUAGAACGAUUUAAGCCCAUUGUGGAUGGCCUGAAAAGUGGAACUUCGGUAGCAUUAAAGGUAGCCUGUCUACAGUUAAUCAAUGCUCUAAUCAUCCCAUCAGAUGAGCUUGAUUUCAGAGUACACAUCCGCAGUGAAUUAAUGCGCUCUGGACUGCAGCAUAUUCUCAAGGAACUGCAUGCUCAAGACAAUGAGGAGCUGAAACUACAGCUGCAGGUAUUUGAAGAAUAUGGUGAAGAAGAUUCUGCAGAACUCAGAGGCCGCUUGGAAGACAUUCGAAUAGAAAUGGAUGAUUUCAACGAAAUCUUUCAGAUUCUCCUAAAUACAGUAAAGGAUUCUAAGGCAGAACAACAUUUCCUCUCAAUUUUGCAGCACUUCCUGCUAAUCCGCAAUGAUUAUGAGGCCAGGCCUCAAUAUUUUAAACUAAUUGAUGAGUGCAUUUCACAGAUAGUUCUGUUCAGGAAUGGCGCUGACCCAGACUUUAAGCGCAAACACUUUGACUUCAAUGUUGAGGCCUUAAUAGAUAACUUGAUUGAUCAAACUAAGGUGGCAAAAAGUGAAGCUAAAACCCUGGAAUUGGAGAAGAAGCUGGAAUCUGAGUUAACUGCACGUCAUGAAUUACAAGUUGAAAUGAAGAAGAAGGAAAGUGAUUUUGAGGAAAAAAUUCAACAUUUACUUCAGGAGAAAGAAACAGUGGUAGCUGAGAAACAGCGUAUUACCUCAGAGAAGCAAAACUUACAAAUUAAUAGCUCUUUGUUGAGUGAUGAGAUUGCUCUACUAACCAAAGAACUUGAAGAUCUUAAGAAGAAAAUGGAGCAUGUCAUUUCAUCUACGGCUUUCCCAUCACAGCUGCCAUUACCUACUGGGACAGAAAGUCACCAAACCGCUUCAUCCCUUUAUUCACAAACUGUUUCCCCUCCUCCUGCUCUACCUGGGAUGUCAGGGCCUCCCCCUCCUCCCCCCCCCCCCCCCCCCCGGGCGGCCGGGCCCCCCCCCCCCCCCCCCCCCCCCCCCCUGCCUGGGAUGUCAGGGCCACCUCUUCCUUCCCCUGUGCCUGGGAUGCUGGGAUUGCCACCUCCCCCACCCCCUCCCCUACCUCCUCUACCUGGAAUGCCUGGGUUGCCCCCUCCCCCCCCACCUCUACCUGGAGUGCCAGGGUUGCCCCCUCCACCACCACCUCUGCCUGGUAUGCCAGGGUUGCCCCCUCCACCACCACCUCUGCCUGGUAUGCCAGGGUUGCCCCCUCCACCACCACCUCUGCCCGGUAUGCCAGGGUUGCCCCCUCCACCACCACCACUGCCCGGUAUGCCAGGGUUACCCCCUCCCCCACCACCUCUGCCUGGGAUGUCAGGGCCACCCCUUCCACUUCAAUUUGGGGUACCAACGCCGCCACCUCACCCAAAUCUUCCAUUUGGAUUGCCUCCCAAGAAGGUUUACAAACCAGAAGUUCAACUUAGGAGAACUAACUGGUCCAAGAUUACAGUACAGGAAUUAUCUGAAGGCUGUUUCUGGGUGAAAGCUAAGGAGGAUCGUUAUGAGAACGAUGAUCUUUUUGCCAAGCUAACACUUUGUUUCUCAACUGCACAGACCAAAUCAAAAAAGCAACCUGAGAGUGGAGAGGAAAAGAACCAAGCUAAGAAGAAAGUCAAGGAGCUGAGAGUGCUAGAUUCAAAAAAUGCUCAGAAUCUUUCAAUUUUUUUGGGCUCCUUUCGCUUGCCUUAUGAGGAAAUCAAGAAUGCCAUCUUGGAAGUAAAUGAAGCUGUGUUGACUGAAUCCAUGGUACAGAAUCUGAUUAAGUUAAUGCCUGAAGCAGACAAAUUGAAGAUGAUUGCAGGACUGAAAGAAGAAUAUAAUGAACUAGCUGAGUCUGAGCAAUUUGGAAUUGUGAUUAGUUCGGUUUCCCAUCUGCUAUCAAGACUCAAUGCUAUACUCUUCAAGCUACAGUUUAAUGAACAGGUAGAAAGCAUAAAGCCAGAUAUUGUUGCUGUUACAGCAGCCUGUGAGGAACUUCGCAAUAGUGAGAACUUUGGUAGUCUUCUCUCCAUUAUCCUCCUUGUGGGCAACUACAUGAAUUCUGGCUCCAUGAAUGCUGGUGCCUUUGGAUUCAACAUUAGUUUCAUUUGCAAGCUUCGUGACACAAAGUCAACUGAUCAGAAGAUGACCUUACUUCAUUUUUUGGCAGAAACAUGUGAACUGCAAUAUCCAGAUAUCCUGAAUUUUCCUGAUGAACUCAUCCAUGUGGAGAAAGCUUGUCAAGUUUCUGCUGAAAUUUUGCGGAAAAAUCUGGACCAGAUGAACAAACAGAUUUUGGAUCUACAGCAUGAUGUUAACAAUUUUCCCAGUAGAACAGAAGAAAAGGACAAAUUUGUGGAGAAAAUGACCAGCUUUGUUAAAGAAGCCCAAGAACAGUAUGAGAAGCUACGAAUGAUGCAUGCAAAUAUGGAAAACCUUUAUAGGGAAUUAGGACAAUACUUCCUCUUUGAUACCAAUAAGAUAUCUAUUGAGGAGUUCUUCACAAAUCUGCGCAAUUUCAAAAAUAUGUUUGUGCAAGCUGUGAAGGAGAAUCAGAAAAGGCGUGAGAUGGAGGAGAAGAUGCGCAGAGCUAAACUAGCAAAAGAAAAAGCAGAGAAAGAACGUCAAGAAAAGCAAAAGAAGAGAGAACAACUAAUUGAUAUGAAUUCAGAAGGAGAUGAAACAGGAGUUAUGGACAGCCUACUAGAAGCCUUACAGUCAGGUGCAGCCUUCCGUAGAAAAAGAGGACGAUGCCAAGGAAACAAAAAUGUUGGCUGUGCAGUCACAUCAUUACUUGCUUCAGAGUUGAUCAAAGAAGAUGCUCUUGGUGCCAAAAAUCCACGCAGAGGACUUAAAAAGGAUAAUGAUGUAGAGGUCACUGAAGAAACUCUUGAUGAAACCACUAUGGGGACAAGUAGUCGUCAAAACUAGAGCUGAGUGAUAUGUAGGACCAGUGCCUUUGGCAUGAAGCCUGUUUUACAAAGGAGUUGAAACAACACUAAGUCACUUUGCAGUUUUCCCUUUCACACUUAUAUACAUGGGAUGAAGAGGCAAAUAAUUUAAUCACUUCAGCCUGUGUCAUUCUAGGGCUCUUUUGCAAGACCUUUAAAUCUGUGGUCAUAUUCUUUGAAUCUUGAAUUUGCUUUCUGCCUUCUUGUUUCAGUAUUAGAAAUGCAAAGGUUUUUGCUGACUUAGUAAUAUGCUUGGAACAAAGGUGGGAAUUUGUGCUGUAGUUCCCUACUUCCAUGCAGGCAGGAUUGGGAACACAUUCCCAAGAAGAAAAAUAUGGCACAGAAGAGAGGCUAAAGAUCAGAACCUAAUCUGCCCAUAUAUCUCACUGUAUUGAUGUUGCCAAAGCAGGAAUGCAACAAGUUGCCUUAAUUAUGACUUUUUAAAUGUUUUGAUUGGGCAUCUACAUCCCAAGAUAAUUUUGUUCUCAAAAGCCUUCUCUUCAUUAGUGCUAAUAGAAUGAGGUGAUCCCUUCAAAUAUUGGAGGGAGGAUUGUUCGAUACCUUAGAUAGAUUUGUCUUUUUCCCUUGCACUAUGCAACUUCUUUUCUCACUUGCCUAUCUUAUGCUGGGAAAGAAAAUGACUGCAAGAUCAUUUUACCACUGGUGACAGGGUUCUGCACAAGCAUUGCUGAGAAUGUUUUCUUUGAAUUGAAAUACUUCUGCUGUUCUGAUUAGCUGUUCUUUCCCUUUUUAACACAAACUCUUACUUUUUAAAUGGUAAUAUCAGUGAUCUAUCAAGAAAGAAAACAUGGAUAGUUUGCUACUGCUGCAUCUUAUCCCUGCAUGCUUUUGAACUAAGGUUAAUAAAGUGAUUUACCCAGUCUCAGAAAAGGGUUUUAAGCCCUCCUUAGUUUAAGUAAAAAUGCUCACUGCAACUCCAAAGGAAUGAAGCUGGGAUUGUGUUUCUUCAUUGAGUACUCUUCAUGGAAGACUAAUUAGUAAAAUUAUGCCUACAUUUAAUCAUUUGUGGCAAAGUCCUUUGUAUAAUAUAGCAAAUGAUUCAAAAUAUGCCAUGUAAGUUUUACAUAAAUUAAAGCUUGUUUUAGUGUGUAAUAUGUAAAUCAAUGUAUCUUAAGUGCUAUACUGUGGUGGAGGUAGCCAGCAUGUAUGCAUAGCAGAAAGAGAAAUUUGUAACAUUGGCUGAUUAUCAGCAUUUCUACUGGAAUGAAUAUGACACGUCUCAGAUAUAUGUUAUGAACAUCUCAAAACUUCCAGAACAAAUUAUUGGAUGCUGGCAGCUUUUUAAUGUAAUUGAUGGCAUUCACUAGAUAAAAAAAUUAAGAAAUAUAUUUUCAUACAAGUUAUCUGGGAUUGCCAAUAGUCACAUGAAUUCUUUCUCUACUCAUUUUACUCAUUAUACAGAUAUAAUACAUAAUCUCAUCUUUUUUUAUAUAAAUUUGGAAUGCACAAUGAAUGUAUUUUUAAAAACUAUUCCUUAAUAUUUUUACAUUCCAUUUAACAUUAAUUAUUAUUAAAUAAUAAUUGAAAGUUUGCAUUGAAAGUUCAGUAUAGAGGAAUGUGCCAUAUAGUACUAAAUAGCAUAUCUGAAAAAUUUUGCAACAAGAAAAAGCAAAUGUACACAUAGAGUUAUAGAAUCAUAAUGCUGGAAGGUACCUUGGAGGUCUUCUACUGUAGUCCAAUCCCCUGCCCAAAGCCUUAUACCAACUCAAAUAAAUGAAUGUCCAGUCUCCAGCGAUGGAGCUUCCAGAACUUCAGAAGGUAAGGUAUUCCAUUGUUUUCACUGUCAGGAAAUCUCCUUAGUUCCAGAUUGAAUCUCUCUUUAACAAGUUUCCUCCUAAUGCUUUUUGUCCUGCCCUCAGGUGUUUUGGAGAAUAGGUCAACCCCCUCAUUUCUGUGAUUGCCCCUCAAGUCCUGGAAGACAGCUUUGUCAGCCGUAAUCCUUCUAGACCAGGGGUCUUCAAACUUGACAGCUUUAAGACUUGUGGACUUCAACUCCCAGAA